GGCACUUACCCCACCCUUUGUACCCUACCUGUGAUGCCGCUGCCGGUGCACCUGGGCGCACCUGUAUUCGUUUGGUCGGUUACUCUAGGCCUAAGCUCUGACAGAUCGAACGCUUUAGCCUAGCCUACUUUAUCCCACUUUUGAUAAACAAGUUUAUGUUAGGGUAGGGUAGGCUAGGCUACUGCGUUUUUAGAUCGGUAUUUGGUUAAGAAACACUUUCCCAUUUUAUGGAAUCUAUCUCCGCAUGAGAACGAGAACCAGGCUAUGCGCGUCAUCAGUAGAAUGGAUGGUAGUUAAAUCUGUCAUUGCAGACGGAUGGUUUGAAUAAGGUAAAGGAGAGAAAAACGAAAGUUGUUCCAGUCCGCAUCACUCUGCAACAAUGGAAAUAGAUAGUAUGGCGGCAAACAGCGCACUCAUCAGUGCCAGGGAAGGUGGAGGAGGAAAAGGCAGGAGUUGGAAAUGGAGAAGGAUGCUGCGCUUCCCUCACAUAAGCCAGUGUAUGGAGCUGGGUAACACCAUCGCGAGAGACUACUCCAGUCUGUGUGUGAAGCAGCCUAUUGGAAGAAAACUAUUCUGUCUCUUCUGUCAGAGCAAACCUGAGCUACGGCACUGCAACUCCCUACUGGACAAAAUGGGGGAGUAUGAGGUGCAAUCAGAUGAAGAUAGGAAGAGUUUUGGCAUGCAAAUCAUUAACAGGUUCCUCAGUAGACAGUCGUCUGAGUGUGUACAGGUUGUGGAGAGCUAUGGUAAGAGGUGCAGAGAGAGUCUGGAGGUGAGGCACGGUAGAGACAUCUUCAUUGACUGCACAGAUGACCUCCAUGAGUUCCUGAGUGGUGCCCCCUUCCUUCAGUACCUGCAGAGCAUGUACUUUGAGCGUUUUCUGCAGUGGAAGAUGGUAGAGAGACAACCCGUUACCAAACACACCUUCAGACAGUACAGGAUGCUGGGCAAGGGAGGCUUCGGGGAGGUGUGGGCAUGCCAGGUGCGAGCCUCUGGGAAGAUGUAUGCAUGUAAGAAGCUGGAGAAGACUCACAUGAAGAAGAGGAGAGGAGAAGCCAUGGCCCUCAACGAGAAACAGAUACUGGAAAAGCUCAACAGCAGAUUUGUGGUGAGUCUGGCGUAUGCGUAUGAGACCAAACAAUCUCUUUGUCUGGUGCUAAGCAUAAUGAACGGAGGAGACCUGCGGUUCCACAUCUAUAACAUUGGUCCUCCAGGCCUGGAGCCGGCCAGGGUUCGGUUCUAUGCUGCUGAGGUCUGCUGUGGUCUCCACCACCUCCACCAGAGGAACAUUGUCUACAGGGAUCUAAAACCGGAGAACAUACUUCUGGAUGACAAUGGGCACAUCCGUAUCUCAGACCUGGGCCUGGCGGUGAAGCUAUCCGGGGGGAAUCUGGUACGAGGCAGGGUGGGGACCCUGGGUUACAUGGCUCCAGAGGUGAUUGGCCAUGAGUACUACGGGAUAAGCCCUGAUUGGUGGGGCCUGGGCUGCCUUGUGUACGAGAUGACGGCCGGACGAUCCCCAUUCAAGAGACAAGGGGAGCAAUUGACAGCAAAAGAGAUGGAGAGAAGGAUACAGGAGACGGAGGAGGUGUACAGGAAGACAUUUAGCAGCGAGACAGAAGACUUCUGCCGCUCUCUGUUGACCAAAGACCCGAGACAGAGGUUAGGGUGUCGAAGGUGUGGGGUGGAAGGGGUCAAGUCCCAUCCCUUCUUCAGCACCAUCAACUUCAGGAGGCUGGACGCCGGAGUCAUUGAGCCACCCUUCAAACCAAAUCCCAGGGCGGUGUACUGCAAGGAUGUGCAGGACAUUGAUGAGUUCUCCACAGUAAAAGGAGUCAUUUUGGAGAGGACAGACGACGACUUCUACACCAAGUUUAACACAGGCUGCGUGGCCAUACCCUGGCAGACAGAGAUGAUAGAGAUGGGUUGUUUCAAGGAGCUGAAUGUGUUUGGCCCUCAGGGUUCUAGACCCCCUGACCUGGACUGGGGCCAGAAUCCUGCCCCAGAGAAACCUAAACGUAGACUGCUGGACCGCAUCUUCCACAAGACACACACCUGUUGAUAGAUGGGCUUCCUCAAACCCACUGCAACAUUAGUUGUAAAUGAGAGCAUUCCCUCAAUCAGCUUGUAGAAUAAAAUUAUUUGUUGGUGAUCACUCAGCACACUGAUCAAUACACAGAUCAACCAGUUAGUACUUUUUUUUCUUUUUUUUAAAUGUAUGUUACCUUUAUUUAACUAGGCAAGUCAGUUAAGAACAAAUUCAUAUUUUCAAUGACUGCCUAGGAACAGUGGGUUAACUUGUUCAGGGGCAGAAUGACAGAUUUGUACCUUGUCAGCUCUGGGAUUUGAACUUGCAACCUUUCGGUUACUAGUCCAAAGCUCUAACCACUAGGUUAGAGCCUGCCGCCUUCUGCAAAUCAACAACCCAAACACAGCCAAAGAAGAACAAGAAUCUGUGGCCAGAUGUUCUCACUUUCUCUCCAGCACUUAAAGAGCGCACACUUUAAAGAUGAAGUGACAAGACGGGGCUUUAUUUAAGAGAUGUCUUUAAAAUGUCUCUGUCAUACACUCGGGCCAUACCAUCUAUCAUUCACCAGCACAGGCCAAAGGGACCAUCCCCAAACUAUCAUACUGAGGAGAGGCGGUCUUAUUUCUGUAAAACACUCAUUUAGAAUGAUCAAAGGGAAACCUCAGCAAAGAGUGUUUUGAUUUUGUACCUACCUGUGUUUUGUAUGUAACCUCAGAAUAAAGAGCCU